AUGGGAGACAGUUUCUUGCACCUAGGAGACAUUGUCUCUCUUCAUGCAGAGGGAAGUGUAUCAGGUUUCCUGAGUACCUUAGGGUUGGUAGAUGACAGGUGCGUGGUGUGCCCCGAAGCGGGUGACCUGACUGAUCCACCCAAAAAGUUCCGGGAUUGCCUGUUCAAAAUAUGUCCCAUGAACCGUUACUCCGCUCAAAAGCAAUUCUGGAAUACGGCCAAGCAGUCCGCCAAUUCAAACACAGACACUGGACUGCUGAAGAGGUUACACCAUGCCGCAGAGAUUGAAAAGAAGCAGAAUGAGUUGGAGAACAAGAAGUUGCUGGGAUCAGUCGUGCAGUACGGCAACGUUUUACAACUGCUGCACGUCAAGUCCAACAAAUACCUCACUGUAAACAAAAGACUGCCUGCGUUACUGGAGAAGAAUGCCAUGCGCGUUCACUUGGAUGCAAACGGAAACGAAGGCUCAUGGUUUUAUGUCAUGCCGUUCUACAAGCUGAGAGCUACUGGUGACAACGUAGUAGUAGGGGACAAAGUGAUAUUGAACCCUGCAAAUGCAGGACAACAAGUCUUACAUGUGUCCUCUAAUCACGAACUGCCUGACAAUGCUGGCAGCAUGGAGGUGAACGUAGUAAAUUCUUCAACUUCGUGGAAAGUCACUCUUUUCCUGGAACACAAGGAGAAUCGCGAGGAAAUCCUUAAGGGUGGGGAUGUGGUGCGGCUGUUCCACGCAGAACAAGAGAAGUUUCUUACAAUGGACGAGUACAAGAAACGGCAGCACGUAUUCCUCAGGACCACCGGCAGGUCUAGUGCCACAGCUGCAACCAGCAGUAAGGCGCUGUGGGAAAUUGAGGUGGUACAACACGACCCAUGCCGUGGCGGUGCCGGCCACUGGAACUCCAUCUUUCGUUUCAAACAUCUCGCCACUGGACAUUAUCUAGCGGCGGAGGCGUGCAACAGACCGCCUGACCAACCUAUGGAGCCAGGCGAGCCAGUCUACCAACUGGUAUCCGUACCGCAUUCCUCAGAGAUAGCAACUUUAUUCGAGUUAGACCCGACUACUAUGACACAUUCCGAUGAUUCCGUACCCCAAAGUAGCUAUGUCAGGUUGCAACACUUAUGCACACACACGUGGGUUCAUUCCACAUCCAUUCCCAUCGACGACGACGAGGAAAAGCCGGUUAUGUCUAAGGUUGGCUGUUCCUUAGUUAAAGAAGACAAGGAGGCGUUCGCAUUGAUAUCUGUGUCACCGAGCGAAGUUCGGGACCUGGACUUCGCUAACGACGCGUGUAAAGUGCUAUCGGCCUUGUCGGUCAAGCUCCAGCACGGGAAUAUAGAACAUAAUGAGAGAAAAGCUCUAACCUGCCUGCUCCAAGACAUAGUGUACUUUAUAGCCGGCUUUGAGAAUGAGCCCAAUAAAUCGGAGGCAUUGGAACUGGUCGUGGAGAAUCCCAACAGAGACAGGCAGAAACUGCUCCGAGAGCAGUACAUAUUGAGACAACUAUUCAGGAUAUUACAGGGUCCAUUCCAAGAAACCUCCGAAGGUGAGCCGUUCUUGAAGAUCGAGGAGCUGUACGAUCCUCGAUACGCCGCUUAUAAGUACAUCUUCCGCCUUUGCUACCGGAUAUUGAGACUCAGCCAACAGGACUAUAGAAAAAAUCAGGAAUACAUAGCAAAACACUUCGGCUUUAUGCAGAAGCAAAUAGGAUACGACAUACUGGCCGAGGACACAAUCACUGCACUGCUGCACAACAACAGAAAGCUUCUUGAGAAGCAUAUCACUGCUUCGGAAAUUGAGACUUUCGUUGGCUUAGUUCGCAAGAACAUGAAAAACUGGCAGUCCCGUUUCCUCGACUAUCUCAGUGACUUGUGUAUAUCUAACAAAAAAGCUAUUGCUGUGACGCAGGAGCUCAUCUGCAAAAGUGUUCUCUGUGCCAAUAAUUCAGAUAUACUUAUUGAGACCAGGUUGGUCUCUACCAAAAUCAGGAAUGCAGACGACAGCCUCACCGUAGAAGAGGAUGUGAUCCUUGUGUGGAAUAAUAAACAGCGCACGGCGUACCUGUCUGAUUUAGCGGAGAAGGCAAGAUUGAACCCGAACAGCGAAGAGGCGGCCAUACUAGACUACUACCGCCAUCAGCUCGACCUGUUCUCGAACAUGUGCCUCAACAGGCAGUACCUCGCGCUCAACAGUCUCUCUCCUCAACUGCACAUCGAUUUGAUCCUCAAAUGUAUGUCAAACGCGGCUCUAUCAUACGAAGUCCGCGCGUCGUUCUGCCGCCUGAUGCUGCACCUGCACGCCGACCGCGACCCGCAGGAGCCCGUCACGCCCGUCAAGUACGCGCGCCUCUGGACCGAGGUGUGCGACAGGAUACAUAUACACGACUAUCAAUGUGUGAAAAGUGGCCCGGAUGCAAACCGCGCGAAGGUGAAAGAACAAUUUGCGUCGACCAUCCGUUUUGUUGAAAACUAUUUAUGUAACGUGGUUACCAGGACCUGGUACUUUAGCGAUCAUGAUCAGAAUAAGUUGACUUUCGAGGUUGUCAAGUUAGCUCGCGAGUUGAUUUACUUUGGUUUCUAUAGCUUCAGUGACUUACUUAGGUUAACGAAGACUCUACUCAGCAUCUUGGACUGCGUAACGGCGAUGGACUUGCUCAACGAAACCAACGCUCUAUCUGGAGAUGUUGAAUCUGAAGGUGGUGUGUUACGAAGUAUAGGUGAUAUGGGUGCUGUGAUGACCUCAAUCACCUUAGGCACCGUCACUAGAAAUAGCGGCGGGGGCGGCGGGGCGGGGGGCGCGGCGGGCGCGGGGCUACAGCGGAGCGCCUCCGCGCUGGUGCUGGCGCGGGAGCACCCGCUCGUCAUGGACACCAAGCUCAAGAUUAUCGAAAUACUUCAAUUUAUCCUAGACGUACGACUGGACUACCGAAUCAGUUGUUUACUAUCCAUCUUCAAAAAAGAGUUCGAACAAGCGGGCGAUCGUUCUGCUGACACCAUCGGCCGAGCCGACGUCGAAGCCAUCGGCCUACAAGCCGAGGGGAUUUUUAGCUGUAGGGAUGGCUUAGACCUGGACGAGUGCGGCGGGCGCAUGGUACUCCGCGUCCUCCUACAGCUGUGCUCCCAGGGCGCGUCGGCGUCGCUGGUGUCCGGGGCGCUUGCUCUCUUGUUCAGGCACUUUAGUCAGAGGCAAGAAGUAUUGGCUGCCUUUAAGCAGGUUCAAUUGCUGGUCUCAGACGCUGACGUAGAGUCUUACAAACAAAUCAAAGCGGACUUGGACCUCUUGCGACAGAGUGUCGAGAAGUCUGAGCUGUGGGUCUUCAACAAAGGACGCGCGAUUUUAAUGGACGAACAUCUUGGCAUGGCGGGCGUCGUGGGCCCAGGCGGCGCGGUGCUGGAGCGCACAACCUCUACGGACAACGUUCUAGACACUUCCAGAACUGCCAAGUACGACCACAACGAAUAUAAGAAGAUUAAGCAAAUCCUUGAACGAAUGAUAAAGUACUGUACACAAGGCAACAGUGGGGCGGGCGACCGCAGCCGGCCCCGUCGCCACGAACAGAGACUCCUGAGGAAUAUUGGAGUACACAACAUUGUUCUGGACCUGCUGCAGGUCCCUCACGAUGAAGACGACGCAGGCAUGGACGAACUCCUGGCUUUAGCUCACGAGUUCCUUCAGCACUUCUGCCACGGUAACCAGCAAAAUCAGGCUAUUUUACACAAACACCUGGAGCUGUUCCUCAACCCUGGAAUCCGUGAAGCUCAAACCGUGUGCGCAAUAUACCGAGACAACACUGCUCUAUGCAGCCACGAGGGCAAUGAGAAGGUGGUGGCCCAUUUUGUUCACUGCAUCGAAUCCAGAGGCCGAAAACCGGAAUACUUGCACUUCUUACAAACUAUAGUGCACGCAGACACGCAGUAUAUCCGCAGGAGCCAAGAUUUGGUCAUGCAGGAGAUGGUGAACGCUGGUGAAGAUGUGCUGAUAUUCUACAACGACAAAGUCUCCUUCAACUACUUCCUACAGAUGAUGCGACUGUACCGGAAGAAUCAUGAGAUGCCGGAAGCUUUAAGGUAUCACAUACAGCUAGUGAAACUUCUCACUUGUUGUACAAUGGGCAAGAAUGUUUACACGGAAAUCAAGUGCCACUCUCUUCUACCGCUAGAUGACAUCGUCUCCAUGAUCACACAUCCUGACUGUAUACCAGAGGUGAAAGAAGCAUACGUAGGUUUCCUUAACCACUGUUACAUUGAUACUGAAGUAGAGAUGAAAGAGAUAUACUCGAGCAACUACAUGUGGGACCUUUUCGAGCGCUCUUUUCUACAGGAUAUGCAGGCGAUCAUGCAUAGUGAUAUUCAUCAAGCGGCACCAGGCCCAUCAAAAGAAACACCAUCCUCUAUGUCGGAAUCCCGUAAGGCUUCCCAAAUGGGAACGCAGAAGGCGUGGGUGAACUACGUGACAGAUGUGCUGAUGCAUACUAUAUGCACCUUUUUUAACUCUCCCUUCAGCGACCAGAGCACUACUGUACAGACUCGUCAGUCAAUAUUUGUAAAGUUACUGCAAACAACAUUCAGUAUCUACCAGUGUCCUUGGCUGACGCCACCACAGAAAUUGAACGUGGAAAAGUGUAUUAGAACUCUUAGCGAAGUUGCCAAAUCGAGGAGUAUAGCCAUCCCGUUGGAACUUGAGGCCAAAAUCCUAGCCGUUUUUGAGAAAGCGGCUGUUUUGUCCCGCCAGACCAGCAAGUGGCUACAAGCCUCGAAGAACUCUAAGCUAGAGAAAAUGUCUUCACAGUCAAAUCUUCAAAAUGACAGAUCAGUCAUGGAAGGCCUCCAGGAAAUAGUGUCCUUACUAGAAGAGCAAUUAAGACCAUUAUUGCAAGCAGAGCAAUCUCUUCUAGUAGAUAUACUGUACAAACCUCACUUGCUUUUUACAAGUCCAGGAGAUAUAACACAGUCGGAUACGAGCGGUAUAUUUAUAUCCAGGUUGAUCCGACACACGGAAAAGCUUCUUGAAGAGAAAGAAGAGAAACUUUGCGUGAAAGUGUUGCGUACGCUUCGGGAGAUGAUGGCCGUUGAUCCGGAAUAUGGUGAAAAGGGCAAUCAGCUCCGUAGUAAGUUACUCUCCCAGUACUUCGUAAACCGCAAGUCUGAACCUAAGAUCCAACUGCCUCCGCCGUCAUUGACCGUUACCCAUGGACCUGGCGCUAAAGUGCUACUGCGCACUGGACAAACCCUAGCGACAGUGCAGGCUCACUUGGACAAAGAAGGCGCUUCCGAUCUUGUGGUUGACUUAGUGAUUAAGAGCACCAAUCGACAGCCUAUUUUCUUGGAGGCCAUAGAACUUGGUAUAGCACUCUUAGAGGGUGGUAAUCCUAUAAUUCAACACAGCAUAUUCACCAAAUUACAGAAUGGUGAAAUCUCGCAGGCAUUCCUUAAGGUAUUCUACGACAAAAUGUGUGAGGCACAGCAAGAGAUCCGAUCAAUAGCCGCGAGCAGCACCGCCGAGGCAACCUCUGAGAAACAACGCUCCAGCUACUCGGAUAAGCCGAAAGUUAUACUGCCUGGCCAACCACAACAACGUCCCUUCGUGGUGGGCGAGGAGAUGGAAGAGGAGAUGGAAGGCGCCUGCGCUGUGACUGUCAAUGCCUACUCGGAUGUACAUACAAUGUCUCACGGUUCAAUAGCUUUAGAAGAAAUAAUGGCAGAAAAGAAAGAAACUAACAAUUCGGACGUGCUACCCCCGAAGGUGGCCAUCAUGAGACCAAUAUUGCGGUUUCUGCAAUUGCUUUGUGAGAACCACAACCCUGACCUACAGAAUCUCCUCCGCAAUCAAAACAACAAAUCCAACUACAACCUGGUCUCCCAAACGCUUAUGUUCCUGGACUGCAUCUGUGGAUCCACCACAGGCGGCCUGGGGCUCCUCGGGCUGUACAUCAACGAGGGUAACGUGGCGCUCAUCAACCAAACUUUGGAAACGCUCACCGAAUACUGCCAAGGACCUUGCCAUGAAAACCAAAACUGUAUAGCGACACAUGAAAGCAACGGACUAGACAUAAUAACAGCUUUAAUCUUGAACGAUAUCAACCCACUGGGCAAGACACGCAUGGACUUGGUUUUGGAGCUGAAAAAUAAUGCUUCCAAACUGUUACUGGCGAUCAUGGAGUCAAGAAACGAUUCAGAGAAUAAUGCUGAGAGGAUUUUGUACAAUAUGAAUCCUAACCAGCUGGUUGAUGUUGCCUGCUCCGCUUAUCAUCAGGAGCACGCCAUGGACACCGAUCCAGAUAACGAUGAUGACGCUAUUGUCCAAGGGGUGUCUCCCAAGGAGGUGGGUCACAACAUCUACAUACUUUGCCACCAGCUGUCAGCACAUAACAAGGAACUAGCGGCCCUCGUGCGCUCGUCGCCGGAAGGCACUAACGCCGAUGCACUGCGGUACUACCGUACUCACACCGCGCAGAUUGAGAUAGUGCGUACCGACCGAAGUAUGGAACAGAUCGUGUUCCCUAUUCCGGAGAUUUGCGAGUAUCUACCGGCGGACAGUAAGCACCGUGUACUGCAGACGGCUGAACGUGACGACCAAGGGAGCAAGGUCGCCGAUUUCUUCUCUAAACUCGAAAACUUGUUCCACGAGAUGAAGUGGCAGAAGAAACUUAGAGCGCACCGCAGUCUACUGAAGGACAUAGACUACUCCAAGGGAGGGUUGGCCACUAUCACUACGGUUGCACAGAGGAUAUACCAUAGCAGACAAAGACUUUUGUCCCUGGUGUCUUCCUACAUGUCUCUGUGGAGCAACAUACUAUUCAACUUUGCUGUUCUAAUCAACAUUAUUGUAGCUUUUUUCUAUCCUUUCCAAGAUGAAAACCCAAAGCUGGGCGAGCACCUGUCGCUGGUGGUGUGGUGCGUGUCGGGCGUGGCGGGCGCGCUGGUCACGUGGCUCCCGCGGGGCGGGGCCGCGCGCGCGCUGCUCGCGUCCGUGGCCGUGCGCCUCAUGUACUCCGCGGGGCCCGAGCCCACGCUCUGGGCGCUCGCCAUGCUUACGAUAGUGGUAAAAGGUAUUCACUUAGUGAGUAUAAUGGGCAAUCAAGGAACACUCUCCAAGUCCCCUGGGAAAGUGCUCUGUGACCCUGAACUACUCUACCACAGUGCAUACCUAGUAAUCUGCUUUUUAGGCAUAUGCUGUCAUCCAUUCUUCUUCUCUAUUCUGCUUCUUGAUAUAGUGUACCGCGAAGAGACUCUCUUAAACGUGAUGCGAUCAGUGACUCGCAACGGGCGGUCCAUCCUUCUGACGGCAGUCCUGGCGCUGGUUCUGGUCUAUAUGUUUUCCAUCGUAGGCUACAUGUUCUUCCGUGACCACUUUUUAGUUGCCGUCGACAGAUUAGACGACGAUGACGACCCUCGCUUCGAAGACGGCGAUUGUACCCAAGAUCCAUCCUCUAAAUACCUGAAGGAUCCGGAGCAAUGUCGUCGCUCCUCACGCUUUGUGUCCGUGGGCGGUGAGCUGCGGGAGAGAAGCUGCGACUCCCUCAUCAUGUGCAUCAUCACCACGCUGAACCAGGGCUUGAGGAACGGCGGUGGCAUAGGGGAUAUACUUAGGGCCCCUGCCAGCUUUGAGCCUCUAUUCGUGCCCCGCGUGGUGUACGACUUGCUGUUCUUCUUCGUGGUCAUCAUCAUCGUGCUGAAUCUCAUCUUUGGUGUCAUCAUUGACACAUUCGCAGACCUUCGUAGUGAGAAACAGCAGAAAGAACUUAUAUUGAAGAACACAUGUUUUAUAUGUGGGUUGAACAGGUCGGCCUUUGACAAUAAGAAAGUUUCAUUCGAAGAACACAUAAAGAGCGAACAUAACAUGUGGCACUACCUUUACUUCAUGGUGCUGGUGAGGGUCAAGGACCCGACAGAGUUCACCGGCCCUGAGAGUUAUGUGCACUCUAUGAUUAAGUCGAGCAAUUUAGAUUGGUUUCCGCGUCUUCGGGCGCUAUCGUUAAUGGGGGGUGGUGAGGUGGAGGCUGGCGGGCUGGAAUACCGGGCGCUCCAGAGCCAGCUGGACAGAGCGCAGGCCGCCGUCAGCACCCUCACUGAACUCCUCACUGAACUUAGAGACCAGAUGACGGAGCAAAGAAAGCAGAAACAACGCAUCGGAUUAUUGAACUCUACGUCGGCAUAUUUGCAGAAUUUGCAAAUGAACUUCCCACCAUGA